ACUCAGCGGCUGCAGCGGCAGCUCCAAUCUGAACAUGAGCUGACCCAGAAGGAGCUGCAGGAGGCGGGCCGGAGGCUGCAGAGGGAGAGCGACCACCGGGUGGAGCUGGAGAGAGACAAGGUCCGGCUGAUGGAGGAGGAGCGAGCACGCCUGCUGCAGCAGAUUACAGAUGCUGAGGCUCGUUACAAACAUCUGGAGAGAGAGUUCCAGAAAUACAGAGAAGAACAGAACCACAGACCUGAGAUCAGACUGCAGGCAGAACUCAACCUGCUGACCCUGGAGAAG